CACUGUACAUGCACUUGAUGGGAUAAUUCCGAAUAUCUAUCAAAUAUCAAAAUACAAUUGGGACUUCCUUUACAUAAGAUAACUCCAAGAUGCUGAACAAAGAUUACUUUCCAAAUGUGACUUCAGUGCCUCUUAUGAGACCUCUUCCAUAUACUUUCCCGGUGCCAUUCAUCCAUGGCCCAAUUCUGAUGCUAUGGCUCUCCGCGCAUCAUUUCGGGACACGGUCCCUGACCCUGAACGGGCAGAUGCUCGUACCGUUUUGUCUUCUUUACAAUAGAUUGUACAUGAACUAGAAUGAGACGUGUCUCUCAGCCGCUUGCGCGGGUGUUGAGAAUGAGGGCUACGAUGAGACUAGAUCUUGUCAACGGCGACAUCCGAGCGUGGAAUUGAACGUCUUC